AUGAGUCCCCAAAACAGCUUUGCCAAUGCUUCUCCAAGCUCCAGCACGAUUGGCGCAAGCACAACGUCGACCUCCGCAGUCCGAUCACGCCCACGCCGCUUAGUUUCAUUCAUGGACGAUGAAGAUGACAGCAACAAUCUGGCCCCAAAUUACUCCUACCAGAAUGAUUCCCAGCCUUUCUCCUCGGGAUCCUCGACGACUCUCGCACCGCUCGAAGCUGGAACGGCCCGAUCUCGCGGAGCGAGCCCCUCGCCAUUGUCUUCCCGCGGAGCGUCGCCGCUGCCAAUGACACGCCCGUCCCGCGCAUCGGAAUCGGUCAAUUCUGGUACCCGCAAUGUACCAACCUCGUUUACUUGGAAUGGAUUCUCGAAGGCUUCCUCGUCGGGAGGCGCUGCGGACUUUCUGGACUCCCCGUGGUCGUCUCUACAAAGCCUGGCGUCUUCGGUACUGGGGAGCGAUGCUGGGCGAGCCAGUCCGACUAAUGGCACAAAGAGACACACGCGAAGGAAACCGUCUCGGUCAGACGUAUAUAUCAAGAGUCCCCCUCGGUCGACGUGGGGUCCAUCGGCACCGACCGGUCCGCAGGUCGGAACUGGGACCAAAGAGGAGCGACAGGCGCUGGUGCAGGAAAAGAAGAGAGAAGCACUGCUCCUCGCCGAUAGUGAUUCGAUGGCAAGCCGCACGAAUCUACACAAAAGACGGGACUCCGGCGACACUUCCCAGCAAGCAUUUGAGCCGGACCCUGACGAAGAUGCUCUGGCUUAUAUUCAUAAAGUACAACCCACGGACACUAUUACUGGGGUAACGAUCAAAUAUGGCUGCCAUGCUGCGGUGUUCCGCAAGGCUAAUGGUUUCUGGCCCAACGACAACAUUCAGAGCAGAAACACGGUUCUGCUGCCAGUUGAUGCAUGCUCGGUGAAAGGUCGACCUGUUCUCAAAGAGCCUGUGGAUCUUUUGGGUUCCGAUAAGGAGGAGGACCUCAGCGACAGCUCCAUAGUACCUGUGGACGCCUCGGCGAAGCGUACAUACUCCGACCAGGAAACAUCUGCAACCGAGACUAAAGAUCAUGGCAAGCACGCUUGGAAGCAUGAAUCCUGGGUACAAAUGGAUGGAUUCCCUGGACCCGUUGAAAUCGGACGUGUUCCUCGAAGAGCGCUGGGAUUCUUUCCGCGUACACGACGGAAAUCUACGCCUUAUUCGGAUGCAGAGCCCCCUGAUCUUUACCGGCAAAAAAUCACUCCAGCGUCUCCUGCCGGGUCACCUCCUCCCUCCUCCUUCGACAUAUUACCACGAAGCCGACCGAACGGGGGUCAGGCCACGACCACACGCCCACAGCAUCGCCGCCAACGCAGUAGUAUCCAUUUGUCUGGCACUGGUGUGGGCACCCUUGAUCGUACCUCUACCGGUCCAGGCCCUGCGUUGGAUGGAUUUACCCGCUUCUUCGCACAGCACAUGCCGGCUCUCGCACCUCCAAAGCCCCCGGACAAUGUCCAGAGAGGUUCUUUUGAGUCUGCAUCAACGAUGACAUCCAAUGCCUCGACUGGCCUCGAGAACAUUGGUGGAGCUUUUGAGGGGUGGGUGCGGAAGGUCGCGACGCGAGCCAAGGCAGGCAUCAAUGAACUGCAGCAAGGGACACCCAAUGCGCAGAGCAACAGCCGGGGUCGCAAUACGUGGCGGAUGGAUGAUCUAAUUGAACUUGACGAUGGGAUGGCGGAGGGCCGUAACUCUCCCAGUCCACUCAAGACAUCGCGGAGGCCUGACCUACAAGGCAGUUCAUCCUCAUCCUCAUCCAUCCGAUACAACAGCCCCUCUGUGGUGGCAGCGAGCAGGUCUCGUGCGACUGGAUUUGGUUCGGGUUCUGGCGCCGCCUAUGGCGAGCGAGCCAAGGACGACUAA